CUGCGCUGCCUAUGAAGGAGGCAUCCGGACAGAGCCUCCAGCAGGGCUAGCGCCACGGGGCUCUUUUCAUGGGUGCACAGUCGGAUUGGAUUGCCUGGCCCUGCUCCACUGGAUCUAGUUCCUCAGCGUGGGGUCCGAUCCCCUUCGGUGCAAACUCUGCCGCUGAAUUCUAUUUGGUUUUUCUGGAUCACUCUUGUUUCUAAUCCGAGUAUCUGGCCACCUGGUCAAAGGUGACAGUGGAGAGUUGAGCAAAUUUGUAAUUUGGAGUCAAGGGUGGCAAUAAGGUUUUGGAACCACAUCUGGAUUCACAGAGAGCUUUGCUAUCACAGUUUCAGGCCACAGGCAAGACUGUCCAGAGGAUCGCAUGGAUGUGUUUGGAUUCUCAAAGAUGGGUAAACUGUCAGGCCACAAGAACAAAUCAGCGGGCUGGCCUCCCCCUGCAGGCAGCUGGGCCGGGCUCGAGGGGGCACCCUAUGGAUGGGACGUGGCCCCGGCAUGGGAUUCCAGGGACUGCUCCAGCGACCAUGUGUCCCAGAGCAGCUCUCUGGAGGAGGUGCGUGUGGAUGGGGGGCAGGCUCCGACUCCCACCCCACGCCACGUGGAGAUGAAGAGGGACCCUGUGCUGGGCUUCGGCUUUGUGGCAGGCAGCGAGAAGCCAGUGGUGGUGCGAUCUGUAACGCCAGGAGGCCCAUCAGAAGGAAAGCUAAUCCCAGGUGAUGAGAUCAUAAUGAUCAAUGAAGAGGCUGUUGCCUCAGUACCAAGAGAACGAGUUAUUGACCUUGUCAGAAGUUGCAAGGAGACAAUCCUAUUGACUGUUGUUCAACCAUACCCAUCUCCCAAAUCAGCCUUUAUCAGUGCAGCCAAAAAAGCCAAGCUGAAGUCAAACCCAGUCAAAGUGCGCUUUGCUGAGGAGGUCAUCAUCAACGGACAGGUUCUGGACACUGUGAAGGACAAUUUGCUGCUCUUCAUGCCAAACGUUCUGAAGGUCUACCUGGAGAACGGGCAGACCAAGUCUUUUCGCUUUGACAACAACACGUCCAUCAAGGAUGUCCUGAUCACCCUGCAAGAGAAGCUGUCCAUCAAGUGCAUCGAGCAUUUCUCCCUCCUGCUGGAGCAGAGGACUGAGGGCUCAAGCAAGAGAAUGCUGCUUUUGCACGAGCAGGAAAUGCUCACCCAGGUUACACAAAGGCCAGGGUCUCACAAGAUGAAAUGCUUUUUCAGGAUCAGCUUUGUUCCAAAGGAUCCAAUGGACCUUCUCAGAAGGGAUGUAGUGGCUUUUGAAUACCUCUAUGUCCAGAGCUGUAACGAUGUCGUUCUGGAGCGCUUCGGCUCGGAGCUCAAGUACGAUGCCGCACUUCAUCUUGCUGCUCUGCAGAUGUAUGUCCUCACGCUCACCACGCGGCCCACGCAGAAGGUCUCGCUGAAGUACAUCCAGAAGCAGUGGGGUUUGGCUCUUUUCCUGCCCCCAUCAGUGCUCUCCAGCAUGAAGGAGAAGAACAUCAAAAAAGCCCUAACUCACAUCCUGAAAACCAGUCAGAGCCUGGUGCCUCCUGGAAAGAAGUUAACCAUUUUGCAAGCAAAGGUUCACUAUUUAAAGUAUCUUAGUGAACUGAGAUUAUAUGGAGGAAGAAUAUUUAAAUCUAUCUUACUGCAAGGAGAGAAGCAAACAGAUGUUACAUUACUUGUAGGACCAAGGUAUGGUAUCAGUCAUGUCAUCAAUGCCAAGACCAACCUAGUCGCCUUACUGGCAGACUUUAGCCAUGUUAAUCGCAUUGAGAUUCUCACUGAAGAUGAGGUCAACGUGCGGGUGGAGUUACAUGUCUUGGAUGUCAAGCCUAUCACAUUAAUAAUGGAGUCCAGUGAUGCCAUGAAUCUAGCUUGCCUAACAGCUGGAUACUAUCGGCUUCUUGUGGACUCCCGUCGCUCCAUCUUCAAUAUGGUCCAGAGCAACAGCACAGGAGGACUGGAAAGUGGUCAGGAUCAUAGAGAACUUGAGUGGCCGUACAACACUUCAUUGGGAACCUGUGAGGGUCUGAACCUACAAGCCAGCAUGAGUUUAUUUUAUCAGGCUGAAUCUGAUUACCCACAGCAGCAGUCUGGAGAGGACAGUGUAAGCUCUCCUUGUGUCUCAGAAGCUUCAGUGCCCCAGUAUCCAGUCCAAAGCAGAGAGAGAUCACCAGCUAGGAGUAGAAGCCCCCCACCUCAACUUCUUCCACCCACACGGCUUCAACCACAGGACUCUCCCAGAAGUGCAAAGGUGUCCUUCAUAUUCGGAGAUCCGCCGUUACACAGUGUAAGCCCUCAGAACCUCGGCUAUCAGCGUCUCAUGGAUGAGAGUCCUGAUGUAACCGACCGGCCUGCUUUCAUGUGUAACAGCAGAGUGGGCUUUAGCACUCCUGACAGCGAAUCAUUUCAGAUCAGGCCAGACGUCAUCUACAGCAACAUCAGCGAAGGGAAAAUCUUCGACAGCACCGAAGGCAUCGAGGAGCCUCUCUUACGUGACUUAUGCUAUGCUGAGACCACCGACGAUGCAGAGGAUGAGGAUGAAGCUAGCUGUGAGGAAGAUAUGGCAGCAACACCUGGAGAUGCCGAGGCGGGCCUGCCCGCAAACAAGGCCACGUUCCUCACCCUCUCUGGCUCCAGCGAUGACAUUAUAGACUUGACUUCCCUCCCGCCACCAGAGGGAGACGCUGAUGAGGACGAAAAUGAUGCAGAUCUUCACUCGCUCAAUAUGGCCAUUGCCGCACCUCCCCCCGGGUUCCGGGACAGUUCCGAUGAGGAAGGCAUGGAGAACAAAAGCAGACCACAGAGCUCCUGUGAGAAUGACCCCAUCCCUGUGUCCCUGAUUGAUACUGUACCCACAAGUGGAGAGGGCAGUGAGGUCAAACACUUGGAUCAUGCUGUUGUUGACACUCUGCAAGCACUAGAAGCACUUGCUGUGUCUGAGGAGACCACUCACACUCAGUCUGACAACAGUGCAGGUAAUGGCAUAUCAAGAGCUUUCAGCCCAGAGUCCUCAUCAGAUUCAGGAAAUGAGACCAAUUCCUCAGAGAUGACUGAGAGCUCAGAACAGGCUGCAGCUAGCAGGAUCUCUGAGAAUUCCAUGCACCUUCUUAUGGCCACCACAGAAGGUUAUCAGCCCCUUCACGAGGAGAAGACAGAAUUACCUGUCUCUCUUUACACUAGAGGGCCCAUUCUGAAACCGUCACGCAGUGUCUCACGCAGCAAAGCGGCAGAGGCUGCGACUGUAACAGUGCCUUCAAAGCACAAUUUACCUUCUUCUCACAACCUAGAGAUGGAGCCAGAAACGAUGGAAGACAAGUCCUUGAGGAAUUACUUAGUUAAAGCUCACUCAAGCACACUUUUGAAUGCUGGCAAACAACAUAAAGCAACAGCAGCUGGGGGAAAGCGACACAAGAAAGUAACAGAUGCCCAAGAAAAGUAUAACACCUUCAGUGGAAGAGAAAGCCAUAGAAGGAAUCUGUUUGACGUUGAACGGACGUCUUGGUGUGAAAGGAUCCAAGGGCAACAGCCUCUGCCAGAAAAUGUGUCUGCGAUGAGUCAGGGUGCAGGACCUCUUGGCACAGGAGAGAAUUUAGCUGUUGGUAACAGUAGCCUCUUGACUGGACAAGGAGAGAAGCAGUGUAACACCCGCCCUCUCUCAGCAACAGCAAAGCCUCUGGAUCCUGGACAGACUGAAGUACGCAAGGAGGACCAUCAGGUCCAUCCACCACUACGACAGGGUGUGGCGCGCUUGUGUGAGUACCACCUGGCCAAACGAAUUUCCUCUCUGCAGAAGGGAACUCCGAGUUCCCUGCAAAGUUCCCAGCACUCCACUCCAGAUGCUGGCUGCAGCACAGGGAGCAACACUUUCGUGGGCCCAGCAGACCCGCAUCUCCAUGCUCCGGACUGCCCACAACCACUCUUGGAACCCUCCUCCUCCUUACUUCUAGCCUCCAGGGACACCACUCAUGCUGAGCCUGCUCUCCUGAAGACGAUGCAUCCGAACACAUUUCCCCCUGGGUCAGAUCCGUCCCUCAGUGCCCGGCCAACGAAAAUCAAAGAAACCACAGGUACAGCUCAGAGGAGCAACCUUCUCAGUGAUCUGCAUGCAAACCACAGCAGUGUUAGAAGCCUAAACACAAAGGAGGAGAGUGAGGCUUACAGGCAGUUGAUAAACUAUUUAACAGUUAGCCAGAUGCACCAGGAGGGCAGGCUACAUAGGGCAGGAGUUGGGAGAGACAAUAAGGGCAGCAAAAGGCAUGUCACAAAUAAUCCAGUCCUUUUAGACCUUGUUAGAGGUAAAGGGAACAUUGCUGCUAGAUGUCCCUGCAUGCCAUCCUCCCCCUCACCCCUCCUCAACCCAAGUCUAGUGCAGCCCUCUCUAAAAGUGAAAAAAAGCCCUCAGAUGUACCACUCGGCCACCUUGCCUGCUAAAUUGAAGAGGAGUCCUGACUUGCAUGCUCAGAGACCCGCCAGCAGCCAUGAAAUAAGGCCCAACCUUUCUGAAAGGAGAAGUUCGCUCUCUGGCCCUGAGGGCAAGUUAGAGCCAAACUGUAACUCCAGCCGGUUCCUGUCUCUAAAUAGGAAUGGCAGCGGAGGCAUACCCCACGCCAGCACAGACGAAUGGCUUGGGUCACACUGCGGGAUGGAGCUUUUCAUCCAGCAGAUGCCUAAUGAUUGUCUUUGUCUCUCUAACACCCCUAGUGUAGCUCGAACAGAACACCCUGGAAUGCUGUCAGGAGGAGGAGGAGGAGGAGGAGGAGGAGGAGGAGACCCACCUGCCAUUUUACCGAGGCAUGUCAGAACCUGUGUAAGCCCUACACACUCGCCACCACCGGUCCCUCCCCCAUCACAGCCAACACCACCUCCUCCACCUCAAUCAAGUGUAUCAGUGAGCACCAGCCAGAGUGUUUCGGCACAAAAUCUGGCCAUCCCGCUUAGACAGAACCAUGUCCAUAUGAUUGCUCAAGGGUUCCAUCAGUGUGACUCUGACAUCAUUAGUCUGAGACGGGGCAGAGAUCUUAGAAGAAGUUCCAGUAGUCUAACCACAGGCUCUGGGAGUAUUGAGGCACUGUUCGAGAAAGCACGGGCAACAUCGAUGGGCAGAAUUCAGCAGGGGAAUGUCCAAGCCACCGAGCCACAACUGCAGAGAAGACCUACCAAGAUGAGGCUGUCAAAAAGCUACUCACAAGGCUCCAUGGCUUCCCAUAGCAGUUGCUGGUCUAUAAGCAGUAAAGACAGCAGGGGGGCCUCUGUCAUACUUCCACUCCAGAAGGACACUAAGCAGAUGAAGGCCUCACAGAAGCUGGAUACCCGUAACUGGAGCUGCAAUGGUCCGUUCAGCUCCUGCUUCUUCAAAAGGAAAAAGCAGAGUGAGGAGGAUGAUGGGGUUAUGGAGGGUUUAAGGAGACGGGAAUUGGAUGAAGCAGGACUGUCCCAGAAUAACACCAAUCCUGCCCUAGAUGCUACUGAAGAGCAUCUAUAUGGGGAUGUCCUGACCAACAUGACCUUUGGGGACAGACUGGCCCGUGUCAAUGCACUGAAAGACCGCAUGUAUGUCUUCCCUGCUGAUUUCUCUGACAUUCGGAGGGAUGCAAGUGAGCUGAUAGCUCUAGUUCGCUCCAGCAUUGGUCGUCUUGGUGACCGAGGUGGCCCAUCCAUGCAGGCACAGGAGCUGACCCAGUACAAGCAGCUGCUGGCCACAGAGUCGAAGGAACUUGGCCGGGCAUGUCAGAGGGUUGCCCAGGCCCACAGCAGUCCAGAGGAAAUGCUGCUGGCCAUCACUUGCAGUUUCCAGGUGCUUUGCUGCAUAUCUGAGGUCUGCAUGUGCUUGUUGCAUGGCCUGGGUACCUCAGCCACUCAAGAGCAGUGCGAGGUCAUUGCCAAGAUCGACGAGGUCGUCAUGAACUACAUCUGCCUGCUCCGUGCAGCCGAGGCAGCUGCAGGAAGUGCCCCUGAAGACCAAAGUGUCAAAGCACUUGCGCGCCACUCCAGCACCAUGUCAGCUAUCGCCAACACACUUACUCGCUCCCUUAGAGCACUGCUCAGCAAGUAGGUCUCAUCCAGUGGAACUGAACCAGUCUGAUAUUUGCAAAGCCAUAAAUGGACAUCUGGGUUGAUUGAAGACUCCAAAAUAAUCAACUGUAAUAAAUAUUCCUGUGGUGUGCAUAUUUAUUUUAUAUGUAAAAAUGUAUAUACAUAUACCUUUUAAAUAUACACAAAGCUAUAGAACUUUUAAAGGAGCUUUAAAAAUAUAUUCUUCAGCUACUACAAUUAUGUUAAAAUGAUGUACAGUCACAUGUUGCAGUUUAAAAUAGGGGAUUUAUUAAAGAGUUGUAAUACUCAUUAUUUAAAAUGGCUUCCCAUUAGUUACUUUCAGUGUUUUUUUAAUUGUCUAAAGUACAUAAUGAGAUCCAUAAUACUCCAAAAUAAUAUUGUACUUAUUUAAUGUUUUCCAAAGAAGCUUUGAUGUCUUUCAAAAAUAAUGAAUAAUAAGAGUUA